CUAUACGCGUGUAUACAUACUACUAUACAACAGCUUUGUGUAUAAACAUUUGCAUGUCUUCAGUAUGCGUAACACAUUUAAGCGAUCUUUAAAUAAUUAACACAUGUUUUAACGAAACUACCGGAUUUCUGAUCGGCUUGUAGAGGCAAUGGUUGAUGAAGCAAAAGAAACGGACAAGCUGGAUGUCAAUGGGGGAACAAUUCCAAAGGUCAAAUACAAAGAUCCGCAUACAUUCCUUUGUUCAACCCGGUGGCGAAUGGCUGCGUAUAUAUUUCUCAGCUUUGCAAUCUUGUAUAUGCAUCGAGUUAACCUUAGUCUUGCCAUCGUUUGCAUGGUGGAUACCACACAUAGAGACACCACAGCAGUGCAGAUUAAUAAGAGUGAAAUAGUAAAUAAUUAUAGCAUCGGCCACACUAUGAACAGUUCUGAAGAACAAAAUUCAAAUUACACUCCCGCUUUCCUAUCGAAUGCUUCUGCUGGCGAGAAGGUUACGUUCACGGUCGAGAAUGAAAUAUUGACUCAAAAUAUUGAAAGAGAGUGUGGAAGUGUUAUAUCUGAAGAAAACAAGGAUUGGACACCAGAACUUCACUGGAAAAAGUCGGAAAUAUCCUUUCUCUUGUCCUCUUACUUCUAUGGUUCUUUUUUCACACAAAUUCCUGCUGGAACGAUUUCAGACAUAUUUGGCGGGAAACACGUUAUUACGGCGGCCAUGUUACUGAGCACCGUGUGUAGUCUACUGACACCUAUUUGUGCGCGGACGAGUAUCAUUCUGAUGUUUGUAGUCAGGAUAACUGUUGGUCUCGCAGGGGGUUCAGUGAUUCCAGCAGGAAUGUCAAUGAUUAACUCUUGGUCAACACCAAACGAACGUUCGCUGAUGAUCGCCGUCGGUGCAUCAGGUCUGUUGACGGGGGCAAUUAUUACAUUCCUAACAUCCGGUUUGCUUUGUGCAUAUGGGUUUGAUAAUGGCUGGGCAUCGAUCUUUUAUAUACAUGGCUGUAUAACGGCGUUGUUUACUUGUUUGUGGUUUUUUGAAGGCCACAGCCGACCUUCACAUCAUCCUAGAAUAUCUGAGAAGGAACUGGAAUACAUAGAAACAUCUAGAAGUCACACUAUUAAUACGAAACGCCCAAAAACUCCAUGGAAACGGUUUUUAAUCUCUAAACCGCAGUGGGCGACUUUCAUUGCACAUUUCUGUUUCAACUGGAGUUUCUUUACCGUCCUUAUCAAUGUGCCACUAUUCCUGAAGGAAGUGCUCAAGUUUGACGUGAAAUCGAAUGGAUUGUAUUCCGCGUUGCCAUUUGUAUUCCAAAUUAUUUCUGCGCUCCUUUGUGGGAAGUUGUCAGGGGUUAUCAUUAAAAGAAAAAUUAUAGGACAUCUAGCUACACGGCGUAUAUUUAGUACAGUUUGCCAGUUGGGUAUUGCAACAUGUUUGGUAUCCGCUGGUUACGUGUCAUGUGAAGUACGACAUAUUGCUGUGAUAUUACUGUGCCUUACGUGUACUUUUGCUGGUUUUGCAUACGGGGGAUUCCUCAUCAACCAUCCUGAAUAUGCGGGACAGUUCGCAGGAACUGCUUUCGGAAUAACCAAUGCGGGUGGUGUCAUUUCAUCAUUAGUAGCGUCAAUGAUGGCUGGUCUUUUAACUCCAAAUGGUUUACAAGAGGAGUGGCAGCGGGUGUUUUACAUGGCCGCCGGAAUCAACAUUGUUGGUGCCAUAGCAUUUGUUUUGUGUUCAGAUGUAUAUCUACAACCUUGGGCUAGAAACCCAGAAGACCUCACCAUUGAAGUUAAUACUAGAGAACUGCAAGAUAUUAAACCUUUAGAUAAGGAAAAUGAUAUAACUGCAUCAGAAAUGACGCCAGAACUGCAAGAAAUAACGCCACUAAAUAAUGGCAUAGGCCUAUCUGCAAGAACUUGAUAAAUAUUGAAAAUAGUAAAAAUUUAAUAAUUACACACAUAUCUGAUAAAAUUCCAGGUACUGUAUGUUUGUUACCAAAACAUUUUCGAAAUAUUGACCUUUUAAGUGUCCGAAGUCCUCUUGAAUAAUAUGCCACAAAAUUCGUCAGAAGGCACCAUUUUUUUUUUAUCUAAGUCUCAAAAUUUUCCCGGGGGUGGAUUUAGCUGUUAAUAUUUUAGAAAUAUUGACCUUUUAAAUGCCCGAAGUCCCCUUAUCCCCUUGAAUUAUAUGCCACAAAAUGCGUCAGAAUGCACCAUUUUUUUAAAGUAAGUCUCCAAAAUAUCCCGGUUGGGGGUAGGGGCUUUUUGCUGCUAAAACUUUCGAAAUAUUGGCCUUUUAAAUGUUCGAAGACCCUUUGAAUUAUAUGCCACAAAAUGCGUCAGAAUGCACCAUUUUUUUAAUCUAAGUCUCCAAAAUAUCCCGGAUUGGGGUAGGGGCUUUUUGCUGUUAAAACUUUCGAAAUAUUGACCUUUUAAAUGUUCGAAGUCCCUUUGAAUUAUAUGCCACAAAAUGCGUCAGAAUGCACCAUUUAUAUAUCUAUGUCUCCAAAAUUUACCGGGCUGGUGGAUUUCUAGCUGUUAAAAUUUUCGAAAUAUUGACCUUUAAGAUGUCCGAAGUCCUCUUGAAUAUUAUGCCACAAAAUGCGUCAGAAAGCAAUUUUUUUUCUUAUCUAACUCACCAAAAUUUCCCUGGGGACACCCCGCCGACCCCCACUAGCGGGAGGGGGAUAAGCUCCCAUUUUGAAAACUUCAUCGAGGGCUUUAAUUUUCAAAUCAGUCUAGCAAAAAAUCAAGCAAGCGACUUUAUGUUUAUUUGCCACAUUUUCCAAGUUUAUCCUAAAGUUUUCAAAACUCCGGGUUUAAUCAAAUUUUACAUGAUACUGAGAAAAAAAAGAUCGGCGAACGUGUAGAACUACCUAAUUUCUACUUACCGGUCAAACCCUACACAAUCACUCUUGCCAUUUAGACAAGGGAGACAGUCUCUCCGAAUUCAUCUACAUUACCAGAUAUCUUUCUCUCCAGUGGGAUAUUUCGGGACCACAAAAUUUAAUACAACAAAAGGAAACUGGACGAUUAUUUUAAAUGUCUUAUUAUAUCUUCUGUCUGUGCCUUUUUGGCGAACAGUAUACAUCAGCAAUGUCUUAUUAAAUAUGAAAAUAUGCGAAGAAUUAGGAAGUUUUACUUUGAGCUAAAGGGAUAAUUAUUUCAGUGACAUACAUUUCACACGGAGUCCAGUAUGAUUUGUAUACAAAGCAGCGUCAUUGUUGGAUCAUACAUUUAUUUCAACAAUCGGAUCACCUCGGUCGUUAUGCUACGUAGAAUACAGAAAUACUAGUUCUGAUGUUUUUUCAGAUAAUUCUUGCGCAUAUAAUUAUUAUACUCGACAGCAUGUAAUCUCAAAUAUCAUGAAAUUUUAUUUUUUACUUCAUGAUUGACAAUGAUUGACUGAGGACGUCAGUUAAGUGAUGAACAAUUAUAAACCAUUUUGCACAUUAAAAACAAUAGAAAUAAUAAGAUCGAAAAUAAGCAAAGCAACACUUUCUUACUAGUUUCGACUUUCAUAUUUUCAGCCGCCCAAGUUUAUUUCAGUAUCAUUUUUAUGCGAACAUUUGAAAUGUAAAGCAAAAUGAAUAAUUUAUUUGAAGGCCACCAAUACGUAUGUUAAAAGGGCAUGUAUAUAAUUAAGCGUCAGUAACACGCAUGUUAUCAGUAUGUUUUGUUUUGGUUGUUGAUGUUUUGGAUUUUGUUGUUGUUUGUCCAUUGCAAAUUACAAAUGGCGAUUCAAUAAAAAAAAUGGUGGUGAUAUGAAAUUUUGCGUUUUAAUGGCGCUCCAAUAAAAAGUAGUAAUAUGACUUUUGUAUAUACAGUUGUAUUUGUUUUCUUGGAUCGCCAUUUAAACGCAGAAUUUCAUAUAUCCUCUUUUUAUUGGAUCGUUAUUAAAAUGCAGAAAUUCAUAUAGCCACGUUUUUAUUGGAUCGCCAUUAAAAUAGCCACGUUUUUAUUGGAUCGCCAUUAAAAUAGCCACGUUAUUAUUGGAUCGCCACAGUAAUCUUAAUCUGGUUUAUUUUUGUUAUUGUAUUUUUAUUGGGAUGUAAUAAAAUUAUUUUGUU